UAUUGCUGACUUUUCAGGCUUCAAUUCCUAUUCAAGGCUGACAUUUCUUUUGAGUUGUGACAAACCCAGAGAAAAUGUCCAAGAGAUUUUUCCGUGGAGGACGUUCAAAGUUUACCCAAGGAAGGGGAAAUGCAGGGAUCUUCAUCGAGAGUCGUGAAGGUGGACGACGGUCUUUCUUCAGAUCUGAACACGAUGACCGAUGGGAGCAAAAACCUGGUCGACACGUACAGUUUAAGGCUGGCGGUCGAAAACCAAGAAUGAGAGGUGGCUUAUCCCAUCAGAAUCUGCAGGCCAUAUUUGGGGUUGAUGAUGGGAUGGGAGCAAGGCCACCUGGUGGUGGCUAUCAGAGGAGUUCCAUGAAGGGGUCAAGAAGAGGCAUGAAGAACAGGAGUGCACCCAAUCUGUUGCUCACAGGAAACUCCUUUAAGUCUCUUAUUCCUGGCUGGUUCAAAAUUGAGGUUUACAAAGGAAAGAAGUACAAAAAGGAUUUCAUCCUUGGAUCAAUUACAAGUUCUUCAGCAGUACCUUUUGUUCCAUAUGAGUAUCAGGAGGAGGGACAAAAUGCAGUCUUCUAUGUUAGAGACAGAGGUGCUGCUGAUGCUAUCAGAGCUUGUGAUCGUCGCAUCACCACUCCAGAUAAUUUCAAGUUAUCCUUGUGUGUGAAGGCAACGCCUCCCCCAAUUCCCAAUCUCAACAAAGAAGUGAAGUCUCUCAUUACCCAAGUGAUGAGUGCUCGCUAUAAUAGCAACUUGAAAGCCCUUGACAUGAGCAAGUUUGAUCAAGAUGAUGCCUUCAACAAAGCUGGAGUGUAUGUGCCACUGUCUCGCUUUGCUGUCAUGUCUACUGCCCUGAAGGUGAUGGAAGAACAUAUAAUGGAGAUGGAAGCACUAGAUCUUUCCAGCAAUAGACUCACAAUCCUUGAUAUGCUGGGAGACCUCAAGCGUGCCUCUCCCAACUUGAAAAUUCUGCACUUGACUGAUAAUUCUAUCCGGGAAAUGAGUCAGCUGGAGAAGCUCAAGGGUUUGCCUUUGCUAGAGUUGAAGCUCACUGGAAAUCCAGUUGUGAAGAAAUUCCCCAAUGAGUCUGACUAUGUCAGAUGUUGUGGGUCACUUCUGAAAACUCCCAAUCCCAUCCUCUUCAGUUUUGCCAUAACUCAACUGGGUGCAAGUCAGCUGGCACAAGGUAGCCUCAAUAAUGCAGAUCUUGUUUCUCAGGAUGACAAAGACCUGCCACCUCCUAUUGGCUUUGAUGUGGAGGAAACACAGAGCAUCCCUGUCACAAGACCCAGCUGUUUCUGCUCUGAAGAGGGCAAGAAGCUGUCAAUUGCAUUUUUGGAGAAUUACUUUGCCUGCUACGAUGCUGAUAAUCGGGAAAAACUGCUGACAGCAUAUCACAAUGAUGCCCUCUUCUCCAUUAGUGUGGACUUCAACCCAAAUGCACAUUCCCACAAGCUAUCCAAGUACUUGGAUGACAACAGGAAUCUCUUGAAAUCUGGAAAGCACGAGAAGCUGUUACAGCAAGGAAAGUUCUCAGUUGUCUCUGCCUUGUCAAAACUUCCCAAGACGCUUCACGAUCCGCAGACAUUCAGUGUUGAUGUACCCUUUGUCUUGCCGUCACUCAUGGCCAUUCAUGUGAGUGGAGUUUUCAAAGACAGGGAUCAUCAACCACCUGCCAUUCAUUCCUUCUCAAGAUCUUUCUGCUUGGUCCCUGAUAAUGGAGGCUUCCUGAUUCUGAAUGAUCAGUUGUUUGUCACCACUCCUACACUAACUGAGACCAAAAUGGCUUUCCAAACUCCAACACCAACUCCAAGCCAAGAGGUCACUCUAGCACCCAGCAUACCGACAGUUUUAGUUGGUGCUACAGGAAUGCUGCCACUUCCUGGGCCAAGCACCUCUUCCCUUUCCAGAGAGAGCUUGAUAGAUGCCUUUUCACAAGAGUCUGGAAUGAAACCUGAAUAUGCUGCAAAGUGCCUGGAGGACAAUGACUGGAAUUAUGCUGCAGCUGCAAAAGUCUUCACUGCAAUGAAUGCCCAGGGUGGAAUUCCUCCUGAUGCUUUCAAAUGAACUAAACCCAGAGACAUACAAGUGCAUCAUUGUUUUCUUCUGUGCCAUUUGGAGAUCUUUUCAAGUGGAACAGGAGGAACUUGUGAUAGAAUUUCCUUCCUGUACUGCUGGUAUGCACACUUGACAAACUAUUAUGAAUGGAUACAUAUUCCAUGUUACAAUGUAAUGAAAGGUCAAUCUCUGAAGACUUUCAAUAAAUGUGAUCUGGGAUCUCUUCUGUUGAUGAC